AUGAAUUCCGAAAACCCAGGCAAACAUCUUCCCUCCCUGGCCCCAGGGCCCCGCGGCCCUGUUGCAACGGGUUCAACCACAUUGGCUAAGUCGAGGAAGAACUCGACCGCAUGUUUGCCAUGCAAGCAGGCAAAGCGAAAGUGCAGCGGACGCCCGCCACCUUGCAAAGCAUGCCAAAACACCGGGGGAUGCAUAUUCGAUGAGACGCUCGACCUUAGGCGGAAGGUCGCUGCGAGGCGCACCCAAGGGGAGCUAGAGUACUACCGAGGCCUGCUAUACUCGCUUCUCGAGACGCUUCGAUCCUCAGACGAAGAAAAAGCGCGGCAGAUGUUGGAAAAGAUCCGUGGGAAUGCUCAAUUGAAUGACCUCGUCACUGUUAUUGACGCGUCAGUCACUGACUUCAGUGAUGCAAGUUCAGAGCACUCUAAAAGCGUCGGACCCGCGGAAGAUAUCCCAUCACAGCACGAGCGCCCAGUCGUCGAUGCCCACUUGCGGAUAACAGUGGAGAAGCUAUGUGAUAGUCCCUUGUUUCAAGUACCUUCCGGACCUUGGACAGCUGUGACUAAGGAUGACCAUAUCGUUUCGCACCUAAUAUCGCUAUACUUCACUUGGGACCAUCCAUUAUUGCAGGUCUUGGAUCAAGAGAUGUUCCUGGAACAUAUGUCUACCAAAGAAACCGACCCGAAUUGCUGCACCCCGCUGCUUGUUAAUAGUAUAUUAGCGGUGGCAAGUAUAUAUUCCGACUUUCCAGAGGCUUUCGCUAUACCUGACGAUGAGACGUCACGGGGAGAGCAUUUUUAUGCGGAAGCAGAGCGAUUGUGGAACGCGGAGGAAGGCCGCGCUUCUCUGGCCAAUAUUCAAGCUGUGGCCCUAAUGAGUCGUUUUUUGAAAUUCCGAGGUAAAGACGAUUUAAGCUGGCUGAUGCUCAGGCAAGCUGUACAGCUCGCACAGGACUUUGGCAUGUUCGCGUCUCCGAGGACGAGACACCGCCAGUGGGAGAAGAUGUCUCUUAGACUGCAGCAUGCCUGUGCAAUCACCGCUUGGGGUCUCUUUAUCUUGAACUCGCAAAUGUCCUUGCAUAGUCGCAAGAUUGCAGAGUUGAAGCCACCGAAAUACAAGCCUUAUCCCCAAACUGCACUCGAUGAUAAAAUCAUGUGGACACCGUAUCCUCGCUUCAAUGAAGUCGACCACAUUAAAAAACCGGCAUAUCUACGAUUUGUCAUGACCAAAUUGAUCGAUUUGACCGAGAUUGUCGCGGACAUACCGGAUCUGCUGUUCGACAAAGGGAUUGACAUGGCAAUUGGCGAAUUGUGGAUAGCGGCAAAUAAGAAAUGCGUUCGCUUGCAACGAUGGCUUGACAGUCUUCCGAACGACAUCGAAACCGACGAUGAGAAACCACCACAGAUCUUAUACCUGUAUAUAGGGUAUCACCAUACGAUCAUAACAGUGUUCCAAUUUUUCCUAGAGCACCAACAUUUCGGACCAACCUCCCAUCCAUCGGAAUUUGAGCAAGCCAGGUCAUACCAGCUUCGAUCGGCGAAGCAAGUUGUCCAUUGCCUCCGCUCGUACCAUGAGUCCUAUGGGUUGCGGCAGAUACCCAGGCAGAUACUCGAGCCCACCCAUAGUAGUCUCCUUGUUUUCUUAGGCGCCUUGAACGAGGACGAUUCUAAGGAUGCGUUCGUGGAAUUGUGUCGGUUUCUGGUGGCUUUCAGCAAAAGAUUCGCGUUAGCCAAGGAGAUGCUUCGCAAUCUAGAGAACAUUGUUCACUCCUCGAGACUCACGUUGCCCCCGGAAGCCGUUGCUGUACUGGAUCACAGGGGGCAGGAUACUUCACAAUGGCUGUGA